AUGGAUAAAAUUCCGGCAGACGCUAUUCAAGAAAUACUCACGAAACUUCCAACAAAAUCGUUAUUGAGGUUCAAGUGUGUUUCAAAGAGUUGGUGCAGCAUGAUUGAAGAUCCCGUUUUUGUUGAUGCUUUUCGUGUUCGCUCACACAAUCGAAGCCCCUGUCUCCUUAUUCGUAAGAAUCAUCAUGGAAAGCUUAACGAUAGAGGUGUACGGAAGGUAAAUGACUUUUUCCUAGUGGAUCUAAAAGGCAAUUCUGCUCCUCUUCCGGUUCCAUCUUAUCUUGAAACAUUAACCUUUCCUUUCGAGGAGGUUGAUGGCUCUAUUAUAAAAGAGGAGCCUUUUCUGCACUUUGUUGAAGGCUUAGCGUGUAUUAAUAACAUCAUAUGGAACCCUACUACAAGAAAAAUCAUGGAUCUUCCCCCACGAAAGUUGAAUCAGAAUGUGCAUGUGAGAAAGGUGAAUGAAGACACAAAUAUUGUUGCGGGCUCUUAUAUUUGGUGUGUCUCAGCAGAAUACUCUUUAGGGUUCGAUUAUUCAACCAGGGAAUACAAGGUUUUGAGCAUCUCUCGCACCGGGUCAAAAAUAAAUCACGGUAUCGGUGGCCGCAAGAAUGCGUGGGAUACUACUGAUGACCAAGUAUACGCAGAAGUUUUGACUUUGGGAACAAAUUCUUGGAGAAAUACUAAUUUUUCUCUUCCUCAAGAGCUUGAACCUGACUUCUCUGUUGUGACAAAUUGUACGAUCAAUGGCAUAAUUUAUUUGGUCAUCUACCGGCGUCGGUACCGUUAUGAACCACCAAGUUACUGCUUACUGAAUUUUGAUCUAAGCAAUGAGAAAUUUCAGCUUUUGCCUAUUCCCAAAGGUUUUGAUUAUUCAGAUCAUGCUUGCGAGGUGGGAGAAAGAUUUGCUUUGAUUGAGCAACUGAGCACAAAGAUUUGGAUAUUACAAGAUUCGGGGAGUGGAAAGUGGACUGAGGAGGAUUUCUUGUGGCCUCAAGAUUGGUAUACAAAUCUUAGUUAUGACAACAAUCGCCCUGUCAUCGAUUCUUGUAUAGAGCCCAUUGGUUCUUGCCCAACUGGUGACAUUUUGUUUAAAAGACUAAAAUUCAAAUUUAGGCUUGGUGAGGAAGAUGACGAAGAACACUCGCAGCCAAGUGACGAAGAAGAGUCGCAGCCAAGUACUUGUGUAUGCUACGAUAUGAAGCUAAAAAGUGCAAGGACAAUCCCGGAACUAAACGGGGUAAUCUAUCCUAAUACAAGGUAUGAUUGGGAUGACAUCUGCAUCAAGCAUGUGGAAACUAUACACCCGCUGAAGUAG